CUUCUACUUCAAAGUAUUACGACAGAGCGUUGGAGCCUACCCAGGGUGUGUCCAACAGCACCUAAUGUCCAACAGUACGGACAGUAGUAAUAGUGCACUUGAUUCGUCCAAACUUUCACUUGGUAUAGGGAUUACAGCAGCGCUAUUAGUCAUAGUUGGCGCUCUUCUAUGUCUACAGAUACUCCGUUACAGAUACCUUGAUAUCCAUAACCAAUUUUAUGGUGUCUCUCAACCAUCCCAUAUAGGCGUUUUGGCAAAUACAACCCUUUCAAACAACAGCAUUGAACUUCUUCCAAUACAUUCCUAUGUCGAUAUAGAAGAAAAUGUUUCCAACAGAGGAGAUUAUGACAUUUGCGCUGUCUGUUUGGAUCAAUUUGAGGAAAACAUUAGUCAAGUUCGAAAACUUCCAUGUAAUCAUAUAUUUCACGCUGCUUGUAUCGAUCCUUGGUUGAAGGACAGGAGCGGGUUUUGCCCCAUAUGUAAAGCGAGCGCACAUAUAAAAGCAAAGCAGAAAGAUAAAGGCGCUCACGAGGAUGAGAUUGAGCAUUCAGCUGCGGUCACUCAAAGAGAAGACUUCCAACAACACCUCAUAGGGCUGCGGACAGAACUAACACCGCAUCGACCGCCACCUUUGGAUGAAAAUCCAUAACCACAAUUGUUCGUCGAGUUGUUUUAUUUUGUGUAAUUUUCUCUAAUAUUCCAAUUUUUGGAACAACCUUAUCCGUUAAGUAAUUAAUUAUUAUGUAUUUUCUAUAAUGUACAAAAGUUUGAGGAGCUUGUCUUGAGCGUGACGCUUUCUUCGUCAAAAGCUAUAUCGAGUAUUUAACACUGUUUAUUAAGAAAUAUUUGACACAAUAUUAAAAACGAACUCACUGC